AUGGCAGACCAGACCACACUCUCGUCGCUCGAAGAGACAACGGCGCAGGACGUGACCACCACCACGACGCCGCCGAUCUGCGAGAUUUCGUUUGCGAAAAAGACCCAGUCCCAGCCCACAGAGCUCGACGACAUCAGCCAGGUCCUCAACCGUCUGAAUUUGGAUCUGGAGGAGACGCCGGAGCGCAUGGACCACAUGGACCACCUGGAUAGGCUGGACAGCCUGGACACCCGCGGCACGAACUCGUCCAUCUUCUCCACGCAGUUCUCGCCGCUGGCCCAGCAGGUCAAGACACAUGUCCCUUCGACGCCGCCGGAUCCGACAUCGUCUGCCAAUUCGUCCAAUUCGACGCUGCUGUUGCCCAACCAACACUCCUUCGCGGCGACACAGCCUAGAACCCCCAACUGGUCCAACUCUGCCAACCUCACCUCGUUCCAGUCUCACGUGUUACCCGACCUCGCGUCCACACCUAACACCCAAACAUCGCAGUUUAGCCACCAGUUCCUGUCGAUGACCCCUCAGAAAAUGCACUCGCCAAUCUCCAGCUUCAGCGGCACCCACGCGACGCCGUUCUCCUCGGCCAGCUCCGCCGGCAUCGGCUUUGGAGCCUCCAAUGUAGGGCAGUUUGUGCUGCCCGACAACACCUCUGCACCGCGGCCCCAGGAGAAUGACGAGCUCUUCGACCCCCUGUCGGCGUCGUCUACCACCUCGUUUGGCCCCCCAAUUGGCAUGAGUGACUCCUGUCGGCGCGUCACCUAUCCGGUCACGUCUCCUGGCUCCGAAGCCUCGAUCUCGGCCCUGCAUCCAGCCUUGACCAACGAGAUGCUCGCCGGCACCGUUGCGGGCGGCUCCAUCGGCAUGGGCAUCUCCCAUAGCGGUUCAAACGGAGCUUUCCCAGGCUCCAACCUUAUCUCCAACUUCAACCAGCAGAUUUCGCUGCCGUUCAACGGCAGAGGUGGCUACAAGUCGAACUACAAUGGCUACACCAAGCAACCGCAGCCAGACACCCAGCGGCCGCCAAUGGCGAUGUCGACGGCCAACGUGCACAGAAAGCACUCGUCCAACAAGCGGCGUGGCGAGGACGCCUCCAAGUUCCUCAAUGCCACGCUCAACGACUUUGUUAACGACAUCUAUUUUCUGUGCAAAGACCAGCACGGGUGUCGGUUUUUGCAGCGGCAGCUGGAAAUCGGCGGUCCCGAGGCAGCCACCAAGAUCUUCAACGAGGUCCAGCUCAACGUGAUUGAGCUGAUGGUCGAUCCGUUCGGCAACUACCUCAUCCAGAAACUACUGGAGAAGGUGAACGACGAGCAGCGCACCAUCCUGGUACAGAACGCCUCGUCGCAGUUUGUGAGGAUUGCGCUCGACGCACACGGAACCCGGGCGUUGCAGAAGCUCGUCGAGUGCACCAAGACACAGGCUGAAAGUGACAUCAUCGUCCAGUCGCUGGCUUCGUACGUGGUUCUUUUGAGCAGAGACCUGAACGGCAACCACGUUGUCCAGAAGUGUCUACAGAAGCUGCCGUCCUCGGCGUGCGACUUCAUCUUUGACGCUGCGUGCGAGAACUGCGUGAAGAUCGCCAAGCAUAGACACGGCUGCUGCGUCCUGCAACGGUGCUUCGACCACGGGUCUGCGCAGCAGUGUGAGCGGCUGGCACUGGAGGUGGGCCAGAACUGCGUCGAGCUCAGCACGGACCCUUACGGCAACUACGUGGUGCAGUACGUGCUGAGCAUGGAGGAGAACCGGCUGCGUGUGAAGAACGAUCCGGACGCGAGCGCCAGACUGCCCAACACCGUGCGGGCCAUCGAGCUCGUGGUUUCCGCGCUGCAGUCCAGCCUGAUCCGGCUCUCGACGCACAAGUUCGGCUCGAACGUGAUCGAGAAGAGCCUGCGGAUCCCGACGCUGGCUCCGCUGCUGAUCGGCCAGCUGCUCAAGGAGGACUCGAAUUUGCGGCUGUUGCUCCACGACGCGUACGGUAACUACGUGCUGCAGACGGCCCUGGACGUGGCCGACGACUCCAGCUUCCGAGACCUGAGCGAGAUGCUCAGGCCGUAUCUGGGGGACGUCAGAAACACUCCGCACGGCCGCCGCAUCGUUUCCAAGCUGGCUUCCAGGGGCGGCUCUACGGUCCAGGUUUCUCCGUUCGAUCGCAACGGCUACUCAUUGUGA